AUGUUGUCAACAAUAUUCAUAUCAUUGGUUAUAGCAAUAUACAUUGAUCUCAACGAGCCAAACACUACAGACAUUUCAUACUACACUGCUCCACACAGUAUUUUAGUAACUCAUAUUGUGCUUACAACUUUGUUCAAUUAUAACCCGAAAACAAUCAUAUCAAUCACAGACACAAACAGCACUAUUGUCCCUUCUGACGAGAUUCUACUUACACCAAGCAAUCAAGUAUCCACAAUCACUAAUUUCCGAUACUUAGAACUCCAACAUUUUAAUCCAAUUUGGCAAACAUCUCUUAUUCCAUUAACUCCAUGCAUAACUCGUCAAUUUAGACUGCCAUAUCAUAAACAUAUUACUUCUGCACCUGUAGGGGUGAUUUUAACUCAUCGUACAGCUAUCUACCUGAGACUUAGUUUAGGAACAGGAUUUAGUUUGGGUGAAGGUAUAUUAGUUAACACAACCACUUUAGGAGUUAGCUUGGGUAGUAAAAUCACACUCAAGUUAACAAAACAACGGAUGAUAGAUACCACUGUAGGAUGUUAUCUGUAUAAAGAUGGACUUUCAGCAAGAGUAUUUGGAUAUAUCCCAACGGUACAAGUUACACCAAGAGCUAGAAAGAUUUUGUAUAAUCGGAAAAAACGAGUAGUUAUAGAUCAUGUGUGGGAAGAGUUGAAACCUAAAAAGAUAAUGGUUGAGUCAACAGUACAGACUUUGUGUGAUGUGGGGACUUCGGAAGAACUACAGUGUAAUAAAAAAACUGGUACACACAUUGAUCAAUAUGGGAAUUCUUUAAUCUGGAACAAUAUGUAA